UGGAGCGAGUAUUGGUGGACAUAGUCUCGCUCGACCCUCACACCUCAACAUGGCUCUUACGGUUUACUUCCUCGCUGCCCUUGUGGUCGUCGCAGUCGCUGACAAUAUCCCCUACACCCCUCCACGUCCUUCCUACAACGCUCCCGCUCCUGUUGGUCCUGCCCAGUACAACUUUGACUGGUCAGUGAACGACGGCAACUCUGGCAACGACUAUGGCCACAACGAAGAUCGCAAUGGUUACGACACUCAGGGAUCUUAUUACGUUCAGCUUCCCGACGGUCGUCUGCAGAGGGUUACUUACACCGUGAACGGCGACUCCGGCUAUGUGGCUCAAGUCGAAUAUCAGGGAGAAGCCCAGUACUCAGCCUACCAGCCCUCUCCCAGCUACAGGCCAACCCCUAGCUACGCUUAACCAAAUAUUUUGAUUAUGAAGUUGAAUCUUUUCAUCGACAUUUAUGAAUCUGCAUAACUUAUUAUAUCAAUAAAUAAUUCUAAGAAAA